AACUAUUAGCAAUGUCUCACCUAUUGGGUUUGUAUUCUGUUGCCAAAAUCUUGGAGUCCAUGCUUGCAAAGCUCCUAGUGUGGUUCCCCUUUUGGCAUUAUGUAAAGGGCAUAACCACCUUCUUGCUGGUGGUACCUUACUUUCAUGGUGCUUCUUAUAUCUAUUUGCUCCUCAUUAAGCCCUACAUUUCGGGGAAUUCACAAAUAUGCGGCCAUUUACUCAUCCCAAGGACAAAGGCUUGCAUGUUAAAUGAGCAAAAUGACAUUCUUGAUGCAGCAGAUAGCUACAUCAGAGAAAUUGAAGAGGAUGAAUGGGAGAAAUCCAUCAUUUACAAGGUAAAUUAAUCAACCUACUUAUGC